AUGAAGUGGCUUUUGAUGACGGUUCUGUUGUGCUUCCUGUCAAGAUGUCAAUCUGUGAUCUGUCCCAGUGACAUGGGAGCUCUUUUCCUUUCCAAUAAUCUCAUCGGCGAUAACUAUGAACUCGGCUCCUACUGUUACGAUCACUGCGCUUCUUCAAAUUGCACAGGUGUCUUGGUGAACAGGAAUUGGUGUCUAUCGAUGAAUAUCGAUGAGUUCUAUGGACACAUUGGCAACAACAAUAUAAUCUUCCGAAAAGAGUUUUCCUGCAAUUCGAUUACUUUCUUUGCACAAACUCGUGGGUGUUUUUUGAACACUGCCAAUUCGUCGACCGCGAAAGUUCUCGACAACGCCGAAACUGACAUUCACGUCGUCUAUAUGGAGCACCAACGGCUCAAAAAGUUACGAAGAGAACAGUGCUCGAACUCUUUUCACACUAUUCCAUGGAAUCAAGUAGCACUCAGAGGUGAGGCGAUAUUGGUGAAUGUCACCGGCAGUUUCGAUAACUGCCUCGCUCUCUGCUCUAGCGGUUGUGACUACGCAGCCUACAGUGAAUACUUCUCUGAAUGUUUUCUAAUCACUUACGAUCCAAAUGGGCAAGCAUUCGAUUUUAUCAGCGAUGAUUUUCAGGUUUUCGAGAACAUCUGCAAUCAUCCACUGGAGCGUUGCUCAGCAAAAAGCGCCAUGUAUAUUUCAUACAGUGGUGAAACAUCUGCUAUUAGAAAUAAAUGCCUUAAAAAAUGUAUUGCUGAUUUACACUGUAACUUUGCACACAUCCAAAAUGGACUCUGUGUGACAGCAAUGAAGCCGAGAAAACUUCCGAGAGUGAUUGAGAAACACUGUCACAGUGGGGAUGAAGCGGGUGUUGCGGUGCUUUUCCAAGAAGACCCCAAAUGUCCCGCAAAUGAGAACGGUAUGACCAUUGAAGGAGCAAAGCUCACAGAUUGCUUACAACUUUGUGUUACACAUCCAACGAAAAGUUGUGAAGCGGUUAACUUCUAUAAGAAUGGACGAUGUCGACUUCUGAAUGAGGUGACACCGGCAGAUACGGCAACCCUAGAAACUGACAGUGGCUGUAGACAUUUCAAUUUAAAUGUGAUCACCUUUAAAAGAGACGGGGUGAGAUCUACUGCUUCGAAAACAAAUAAACGGCGGAAGUCGAAGCGAAUGAAGCUACAGGCGGCCGAUAAGAAGGAUCAGGUAGAAAUACGCAAGAAGCCAUUCCUCGAUCGUGGGGUUGAUUUUGAACUGAAAACGAUAUGUCACUAUGACAGCAUCAUUGUUAAGGUGACUCGCUUAACUAUUUCUCGCUAA